ACGAAUCUAACCUCCUAAUGUUGCGCCCCGUUUCAUUGGCGGCGCGACGACACGCGGAAUCGCGACGUAUUAUGGAGCAGCGCGGGGUUGACGCGUGACGAUUCCUCGCGAAGAGGUCGCCGAUCGCGGGAUCGGCCGCGAAACGUGCGUACACCCACCUCGUAGCGCCGCGCUCACGACACGCAGCAUUCUUCUUUUCACGCAGUUCCGCUCGGUUCCGGUGUGGCCAGCUGUUUUCCCGUGCCGUCGUUCCCCUUUUCCCGCUGGCUGCCUGACCGGCCGCUCGAAGGAUGUUCCGAAUUGGAUUAAAAUUUCCGUGCAACGGUCUGAAUCGGGUAAAAAAACAUAGUUGCUCCAGACCAUUUCAUCUAACUGCUAGGUGCUAUGAGUCGCGGACGCACGUCAAAUAUGAGCCGGAUGGAAGGCUAUGCAGAGAUGUCAGACUUACGUCCAGGUUUAUUGGACGUAAGUAUUCAACCACAUCGCCAAAAAGUGAAAAAAAUCGAGGAUCAGGAGUGUUGAUAACUCUAGGAGCUGUAACAAUAGGUACCUUAGGAAUAUUAACAUAUGCGAAACGAGACCCAGAGGUUCGAGCUACCCUCGAAGGAUGGAUUCCUGGUACUGACAAAGCUAUCCGAAUUAUGUUCCAGGAAGAUUCCAAUUACUUUGACUUUGUACUUACAUUCUUUGAAACAUUGAAGCAGACGAUAUUAGGCAUGUUUGUCAAAGAGACAUCAGUAUCAGAACCAGCGCCCAAGUCUGCUUUUGCAAAAUCACCGGUCGAGCAGAAAAAAGCGCCUAUUGAUAAGAAUUAUGCCGAAAUUCGUAUUAGUAAAGAGUUCAAUGGUGAAAAAAUAGACAUUGUUGAGCCAGCGCCGUCGCCAAAAACUGCGCCUAGUGAAUUGAUACCGCAAAAUCUUAUCGAGUUAGAAACAUACUGUGGUGAAGCUGCUGUUAAAGCUAUCGCAGCCUAUCAAAAGGCAGGAUUCGCGCUUCAGGAGUACACUCGAGAUGUUGUCAAAGUGAUUGAAACCGCUGGCAUUACGAUAAAUGAAGCAAUUUGGCAAAGAUUAAAAGAGACUACGGAAAAGAGGAAACAAGCCAUAGAGCAGGCAGAACAGCAUGCAAAAGAUGCGUUAGAUUCGCUUAAGCGCAUGUACAAUUUAAUCGACGAACCUGCGGUUGAGGCGGCUGCUCACAUGAAAACGGCCGCGAAGCGGAAUAUUAGAAAAAUUAUGGAUGAUGUGGAUGAGGCCAAGAAAAAAUAUACCGAAGAACUACAGAACAGUAAUAUUACGGAACGUUUUUGGAAGCAAGUUCAGGCAGCGCGAGAGAACUUCAACGAAGAAUUGCAAAUUCUAUUCCCCAGUAUAAAUAUUCAUGAUAAGAAGCUGUCUGUCAGCGAAGAAGCCUUCGAUUUAUUCGUGCUGCAUAUGUAUCACAAAGUCAACAAUCUGCAAAAGGAGCUAGAGAAAUUAAGGACAGUCAAUGAAGCUAAAGUGAAAGCGGCAUUGAGAACGACGGGCGACAACGCGACGCAAGAAAAAUUAGAUGCAUUGAUUUCUCUUGCGGUUAACCAGGAGAGAUUACAGUUUGAAGAUGAACAGGCGAAAAAGCUAUUGGCGGAGCAAAAGAAGUUCAACGACGAGAUGCGGCGACAGUUGAAACUGCAGUCGGAGAUACACGCCGAUCAUCUUCGAGAGGCACUUUCGGUUAAAGAGCAGGAAACGCAAAGGAUGCUGCAGCACGCGCUCAGCGAGCAAGCUGACGUCGACUCCAUAAAGCACAAGGCACAGCUCGCAGAGGUAGUUGGAAGGUUACGUGCUCUCACAGUGGCUCUCAAAACUCACACGGAGGAGGAAAAGAGCGCAUCGAAUGUACAAAUCCUUUGGGCAGCUUGUCAAGCCUUGGCUAGAGCUGUGAAAGUCGUGCCGCCGGGUACACCAAAAGAUAAAGCAAUCAAACCGCUGGAACCCGAAAUUAAGGCCAUCUCCAAAGCAGCGCCGAAGGAGAAUCCUCUGGUGCGUGCCGCUAUCAAGAGCAUUCCCGAGGAGGCGGCCAAGAGGGGCGUGUUCCCGGAGGAUAUCCUCCGCGAGAGAUUCCUAAAGGUAGAGAGCGUAGCGAGAAGAUUAGCGAUGGUGCCUGAGGAUGGUGCAGCCUUGCCGAUAUAUCUUCUUAGCUAUCUUCAAAGUUUCUUGAUCAUCAAAUCGGCCAAUUUAAUUCCAAAGAGGGAACUCGAAGAUGAGCCAAUCGACGUAGACUCGUUGAAUACGUACGACAUACUCCAGCGUGCCAGAUAUUGGUUGGAUCGCGGCGACUUCAAGAUGACCAUGAGGUACAUGAAUCUACUCAAAGGUGCGCCCAGAAGCGUCGCUAGCGACUGGAUGAACGAGGCUAGGAUCCUGCUGGAGACACAGCAGGCGAUCGACACUUUAUUGGCGUACGCAGGUGCGAUCGGUCUCGUAUAUCUCAAUGCCCGUGAUCCCGCCAAGAAGUAAAGCGAGCAGAACGUAGAAAACUAUCCCGAACCAAGACGAGAGCAUCCAUAGAAGAACGGAGCGGGGUUGAGGGAAACAGAAACGAAGUAAAUCGAUGACAGUGGAGAAAACGAAAAGAGGAAAAGAUAUAUCGCUGCCAGCCUUGUAUAGUUAACAAUGUCUUUUCUAGUAAUUAAAAAAUAGGAAUAUUGUGUGCCGGGAGAGAUAAAUAUAGUGAGACGCUUUUCUUAUCCAUCCUCAUAAUCGUUGCACAUAAAUAUAUUACGUAAAUAAACACGUAUUAAGAUA